UAUUGUUCAUGUUCAAAGAGAGCUACUUACUUUUCCUAUUUUAAUGUAACGGUCAUCAAUUGUAUGAUGCAUAUGAUUAAAGGUUUUUUGUUUUUUGUUUUUUUAAAUCAGUCUUGAGGAUCACUACUCUGAAACCAUCAAUUGGUAUUCGAUUGUUACUUUUUCCACACCCUUUCUAUGAUUGGCUUAGAAUGCAAGUGAAAUAUAGCUUUUGUCUUUUAAAAUGAAUUUUUUUUUUGUGUGUAACUUUUGUCUGUUGCUUUCAUUACAUUCACAACUACUUGAUUCCUAUGUUACUUUAGAUCUGUAAGAGCGUAGGCUAAAUUUUAUUGACUUCUCUAUCCUAGAUUUUGCAAUUUUAACUUCCCUCUUUGUUAAGGUUAUCAGUGACAGUUUCAUCAAGACUGAAGUUAGGUCAUUUUCUGAUGGUAAUAGCUAGAGAAUAGUUAAUUUAUACAAAAUCAGCAAAAGAUGGCACAGAGUUCUGAAAAUGUUCUUCCUACUCUACGAGAUUUUUUCGAUUCUAAAAAGGCAGGGGAAGAGGAUGAGUUUAUGUUUUAUCGGGCGAUUAACUCCUCGUGCAAGAAACCUCCAAAACCGGGAAACAAGGCGAAGGAGAGACACGGUUUUUUCAAUCAGGGAUCCAAGGAAAGAAGAAGAAGGAACAUAUCUGAUGCUGAAAAGUUUUCAGUUGAGCAAUACUCUUCUGGUGGUUUUUUCGGGGUACGGUUGAACACGAAUGGGAGACAUCAGCAACAACAACGAUUAGCUAAGCCUUUAGGUUCAGAGAGAAACAUGGAACCAAGAUUGCAAAAGUCAUUCUCUGCUAGAAUGCAACUCCCGUUUAUGCCUUCUUCAAAGGGAAGCAAUGAGUCUUCUUCUACUAAUACUUCAAGCUCAACGAGCUGGUUUAACCGUAUCAAGAAAAUGUCCAAUCCAUUCUCAAACAGAAAUCCUCUGUUACCAAAAUCAGGUGAAGAAAUGUUCUCAAGAAACAAGUCAUUGAGAAAGUCUUCACCUGUUCAUCUACAUGCUCAUCUCAGUAUGGAAUAUGAACUUGGGAUGCCUGUUUUCAUCUUCUCGCUAGACCGCCCGGAUGAUGUAUAUAUGGCCAGUACAAGAAUGGAUGAUAAUGACUCUCGGUUUGUCUAUUCGUUUCGCUACAUUGGUGGUAGAAGCAAUAAGAAUCUGGGUGAACAGCGAUUGAAUGUUUCAGGUCAAGAAUCUUCACUAAUAGGACAGAUGCAAGUUUCAACUCAAAUCUGCUUAGAGCAAGAACCAUAUGAAGAAGAUCUUGUGGAAUCAACUGUGUCUGAAUUCGUUCUAUUCGACAUCGCACGUGCAAGGAGAAGUGGCUUCAAGCAUGAAAACCUGUCAAGACAGAACAGUUUCAGACGAGGAUCGAUAUUUUCAGAAACAGAGAACUCUGCAUCUGAUCAAAUACAAGAAAAGCUCCCAAGGCAGAACAGUUUCAACCGAGGAUUGACUCGUAGUCUAUCGAAACGUUCAGAGAACACUGCAUCUGAUCCUUGGCCUGUCUCAGAUUUACAUCCAGGACUAGAGAUUGCAGCAAUUGUUAUUCAAGACUCUUCUACAAACAGUAAACUACCGAGUCGAGCGAUGAAAGUCAUAGUUCCAACAGGAAACCACGGUUUUCCUGAUACCGAAAACUCAUGUCCUACACCGAUACUGCAAAGAUGGAGAUCAGGUGGAGGCUGUGACUGUAGCGGAUGGGACAUGGGCUGUCACCUUUUUGUUCUAGAAUCUCCAGAACUCACCAACGAUCAUCUUGGUUUGGAACUUUUCAUAGAGGGUGGGAAAGAGAUCACACCAGCAAUCACAAUGGUGUUUAUCAGAGAAGGACAUUACGAGGUAAACUUCCACGCGAAGCUAUCAGCUUUACAAGCAUUCUCAGUCUGUGUCGCCGAGUUUCACAGAAGUGAAGUCUCAAGAAUAGAGAGAAACAUCUCUUUGUCUAGAUGCAGUUCACUCAGAGAGCUUAUCGAAAUGGAAACUCCGGUGUAUUCAAGAGAAGUCCCUUCUUCUUUCAUGCCUAAUGUCACAUUCUCUCCAAUCUCAAGGGUUUAAAACACAUCACAAAGUAACCUCUAGCUUCCUCUUAUGUGCAUAUAUAUAGUCAUUAUACAUACCAUACAAAUAAGUAUCAGCCAGAAUCUAGCUACAAAUAAAUAUCAAAAAUGUUUGUUCUUCUUUCUUCCUUAUGACUCAAAGAAGUCGUAUCUUUCAAUAUUAUAUAUCUUCUUGUUCUUAGUUA